AUGUAUACAGUCUCAGUCCUCUCCGCCCUCGUGCUGGCUUCAUGUCAACAAGCUCUAGCACAGUCCUGCUCUGGUUUCAACGUCACCACCAACUAUUCUGAUCUGACAUACACCUCCCUCAGUAGUCGCUCCUACAUCAUCAGCGAGGGUGUUGUAUGUCCCUCUACGCAAAACUGUUCACUCAACAUUGGUGGCUAUGUCACUGAAGGCCGCACCUUGAAUAUCUCAGAUCAAGCUUCAAGAAACUCCGUCUUCGAGACCAUCUCCAAAGUCGUCAACCUCCCCUUCAACGAGACCCAAACAUACCCAGUGGCUACCAACCGUGGUGCCUGGUCGAUCGCCAAUGGCACAAAUGCUUAUGUGGCCUUCACUCCCAACACCAUAUGCACCACAGGUAGACUCUCUGGCUGUCAAGGAAACGAUCUGGAAGGACAAACUGUAACGGCAUGCACACUGGAAGGUGUCAAGUAUGGAGACGGGCUUGCGGGUGUUAUCCACGAGGUUGUGACCGACAGAGAAAGCGCCGCGAACUUGACUUGCAACCCUUCCAACACAACACAAGCAAUGAAUGGAAACUAUACUGGUCGCUGCACUGGUACUGAAGAUGAAAAGGGCGCUGCCAGUACGCUUGGCGGGGUUUCCCUUGCCCUAUUGUCUGUUUCUCUGAUGGUUGCCUUUGUUGGAUUUUUAGUUCGCUUGACGAGCAGAAGAAGAACUCCAGGAUCGCGGGUCCUAGGCAUCCUUCGAGUUCACGGGUGA